AGCGGGAGUCGGAGUUUGUUGUUGUUGUUAGCGGAAGUUAAGCUAUUAGGGCUAACGCCGAUGGUCUGAUCGUAAGGACGAUGUAGCGGUUGUCAACCUUCACGUCUGCCUAGAAGAUGAUGCUUGACCUGUGGGCCGAGGUCUGAGAAGACGGACAGCCACGUCUUCAUCAGUUCUGGACGGUGAUGUUCACCUAGAGGAGGAGCUUGCUGACAGCGCCCCCUGGAAGAGAACAGAACUGCUACCUCAGGUCUGCACAAUGAUGGAUGCGGAGGCAGUUAUCCUGGAGAUUUGUCAGUCCAGUGACGAUGAAAUGGGACGGCUGGACAUCGAUCUGGACAGGAAGUCUAAACAACUCAACCUGACAUCCAGCAACGUGCGCACUCUGUUACAUGAGGUGAUAACCAAUGAGCAUGUAGUGGCCAUGAUGAAAGCAGCCAUCCGAGACACUCAGGACCUGCCCUUGUUUGAGCCGAAGAUGACCCGGUCCCGACUGAAGCAGGCUGUGCAGCAGGGACAGUCGCUCAGCUGGAGUCUGGCUGCAGACAAAUCAGCCACGUCGAAGCUGCCUCAGUUCGUCGAUAUUGAGCUGGAGGAAUCUGAAGACACGUCAGAUGAAGAGUAUUGUCCCGAUGAGGAUGAGGAAGAUGACACAGCUGAGGAGACAUUCCUCAGUGAUGCUGACAGCCUGGCUUCACCUCUCAGACUGCAGGGGUCACAGCACAGACCCCCAGCAGACCCCACCUCCGCUGAAGCACUUCAGGCUUCACCUGCUCCUCCCUACCUCCUCUCUGCUCCUGCUGAAUCCUUCAUGGAGAGACUGAACGCAGUGGACAGAGAGCUAGACUGUAGCUCGGCCUACAUCUAUAACCAGAACCUGGACAGAAAAGAGGAGGUUGGAGACUCCAGCGGUCUGGCCUUCAGGACACGUUCCAAAUUGCGGCUGGAUGACAUCCCGCUGGGUCAGCUGGAGGCGGAGCUUCUGCCUCCUGACAUCACCGCGGACAUGUACGAGCUGAGCGGCCCGCAGAAGGAGGAGGACCGUCAUUGGACGCGCUGGCUGCAAGGUCUCAUGGCUCCUGAGAAUGAUGAGGAUGGUGAGGAUGAAGAUGACCCCGAGUACAACUUCUUGGAGGACCUGGACGAACCUGACAUGGAGGACUACAGGACUGACCGGGCUGUUCAGAUCCCCAAGAAGGAAGUGAACCAGCUGCUGGAUGAGCUCUUCAACACUCUCCAGGAGGACGAGGAGGCAGCAGCUGAGGAGCAAGGGGACGAACAGGAGGAGGAGGAAGAGGCUGCCUCACAGAAUUGCCCCAAGUUCAACAUUCCCCAGGCACUAAGGUUUGAUGCUCCACUAGCCAGCAUGCUAACCGAACGGCGGCGGUGUGUGAGGAGACAGUACGAGGCCGUGCAACAGAGGAGGGCUCUACAGGACACCACCAACCAGCAGAUGGAGGUCACACCCAGCACACGACCAGGCGCCUUGACCCCCGUCUGCGUUUCAUCCAAUCAGCGCGUCCCAACUUUCCGACUGGACCAAGUCCAGAAGCUGCAGCUGCAGCAGCAAAUCCAACAGCACGUGCAGUUGCUCACUCAGGUCCACCUGCUGAGUCGAGGAGUUAAUUCGCUGGCCCACGAGGUCAGCAUCACCAAGCACUACCUGGAGGAGCUGCAGCAGUUUGCGGCGCGUCAGGAGCAGCUGCGUUACCGGACGUCCUUUAGAGUGUGUAACUUGAAGGGGGCGCUGGAGCUCAUUGAGGAAGUGGAGCAGCUGGGAGGUCCUCCUUCAGCUACUGCCCCGUCCAAACGCUGGCUGCCCACCAUGAAUUCCAGCACCACAGGUCCAUCCUCCUCGCUGCUGCCCGCAGACGCUGCCUGGCUGUUCGCCACUCGCCCCGUCUUCCUACAUGCAGAGCUCCUUCCUGUCUGCAACUUUGUCCACACGCGGCCUCAGCGGAAAGUCUACACUUCAGGAGAGGACGGGUUAAUUGUUUUGGCUCUGAAACACUUUGAGGGAACGUUCCAGCCGGAUCAGCUGAUCAGUUCCUACCUGCUGCGUAAAACUCGCUGGGACUUCAGGAAACGUGUUCGGGACAUGUGCAAAGCGCCGCAUGCCAACGUCAUCAAGACCUUCCACAUGCAUGCCGUCAUUCCCCCGCUGCCGCUGGCCUGCCACCGAGUCCAGCCGACUGACCAGCGCCCUCCAGUGGAGCGGGACACCUCCAUCAUGCCAACCUGGCUCAAGAACAGUCAACAGAUUAUCCAGAAGGCACGGCUCCACACCGGCCCCCAACGUUACCCCCCCACCCUUCCCCAUGGCUGCGUCCUGCGACUCAACCCCUACUGGCAGCCUAAACCCACACACCCUCCAGUUCGACGGCACAAACGGGUCUUCACUCUGGCCCACAAUGCAUCCCUGCAACCACUGUGCCCCGCGGAAACUCAGCCCAGCACGCAGCCAGUUGGCUACCUCACCCAUAUCCAGGGGUCUUCAGUCCCUGCCACCUUACCCACUCCUGUCCCCACGGGUGCAGAUGUGAUCCAGUCCCAUCGUCCUGAAGGUGCUAAGCAGCUUUUCCCCAGUCAGGCGGUGUCCCUCCCCCUUCUUGUUCCCUUUCCCACUGUUUCACCAGCAGAGACUACUGGUACAAUAACGCCUUGCUCAGUGGCACCUGGCAAACUAGGGCAGACCUUCCUCCAGAUGUUUUUGGUCUCCAAUGUUUCCCCGCCCCCCUCCCUCCAACAGUUUACUUCCUCUACCCAGUUGGUAGAGGAAGUAAACCUGGCGGAGGAGGAGAGUUCUGGGUCCACGUCCACACUCAGUCCAGCAUCUGCUGACGCCGAGGAAGACAAUGAGGAUGCUGGGCAGGAGGACUGGACCAGCACAGGGAUGUGGUCUCUUAGUGGAGGAGAGGCUCAUGGAGAGCAGGGAGGGGAGAGAGAACGCGGGGGAGAUGUCAAUGGAGAGGGAGCUGGUGGUGAAGCAGAGGAUCAGGGUGGAGGUCAGGAAGAGGAAGAUGAGGAGGACGGGCCGAACGAAGCUGGAGACGGUGAGAGGGAUGAGGACAGGGAGAAGGACAAAGAUGAGGACCAGGACAAGCAGGAGGAAGAAGAGGAGGACUUUGACGACCUGACACAGGAUGAAGAUGAGGAGGAUGCGAUGUCAUCAGCUUCGGAGGAGUCAGUGCUGUCUGUCCCAGAGCUGCAGGAGACCAUGAAGCAGUUGACCUGGCUGGCAUCCGAGAGGAGACUCUGCACUGACGGUGACUCGGAAGAGGACCACUCCCCAGCCUCCCCCUGCUCCCAGGAGGAGGAGGAAGAGGAGGAGGAAGAGGGGCCCAAAGAGGAGUCUGGCGAUGGUCCCAGCAGCAAAGCUGAAGGAGAUGAAGAGACGCCCCUGAACGAAGAGGCACCCAGAGGAGGAGGAGGAGGAAGGUGUUCUGCUCGAGGACGGGGUCGGAGCCGUUCUCUUCGGGGACGCAGCCGCCAGGAGCGCCACAGUAAAGACACAGCUAAGCUUCUGCUCCUCUACGAUGAGAACAUUCUGGACAACGACCCUCUUAGAGAAAGCAAAGACUUGGCCUUCGCCCAGAGCUACCUGGGAAGGGUUCGCGAGGCGCUGCAUGACGCUCCGGACAAGAUGGAAGACUUUGUGUCGCUGCUCAAUCGCCUGGAACAGCCGACAGUGGGGCAGGAGAUGACCUCCAUGUUCAGGAAGCUGCGAGAUCUCUUGGGAGAGAGGACAGACCUCCUCCGAGACUUUGCUGCCUUCCUCCAUCCGGAGCAGGCUCUGGAGUGUGGCCUGUUUGAAGAGCAGCAGGCUUUCGAGCACAGCCGGAGGUUUCUGCGUCAGCUGGAGAUCAGUUUUGGUGACAAUCCCACUCACUAUCAGAAGAUCAUCAAGGCACUCCAGACCGGCCCGGACCUGAACCCGGCCAGCAUCCAGGAGUUGAAAGCCCAGAUGGCAGCUUUGCUCAAAGGCCACAGCCACCUGCAGACAGAAUUCUGGGUCUUCUUCGAUGAGCUCCGCCCCCCUCCCGCUCGCCCUGCUCAGUUUGAGGAAGCCCUUUGGCCCGAGGAGGGGGGCGGGGGGUUGGACGGGGCAGAGGGUCCAGGGCUGGGGUCAGGCCUUCUCAGUGGCUUUGAGGAGGUCACGCUGCCUGACCUGGAGGAGGAAGAGGACGGACACAAGAUCCAGCCAAUUGCAGGUCGAAGGCAGAGGAAGAGGAAGGUCCACAGGAACUACAAGGACUGCGAUUGGCCAGAGAAGGAGCGGCGCUGCCACUGUCAUGACACUAAGAUCCGCAGACUCCGGCGGAGUAGAUGCCCCCGCUGCCACAGCAACAAGGGCUCCAGCGCUGUGUCAAGAGCCAUGAAGAGUCUGGACCCCCUGUAUGCUCAAAUGAGCUCCGCCCACCCCGAGAAAGAGCUGGAGGUGAAAGGUGACGAUGUCGGCUCCCACACAGGUCGCAGCUCUGCAUCAUGGGAAGGUCCAUUCCCGCUGGCAGACGAGAAGGAGGAAGAGGAUGAGGAGGAGCCUGACGAGGAGGAUGAAGACGAGGAAGAGAGGAAGAAUGGAAAGGAGGAGGAGAGUCCAGCUGUGAAGAGGAGCAGGAGGGAGGAACAGCAACAACAACCGCCUCUGACUCUCUCUACCACCUCCGCCUCAGCCUGUCCAGUCACCGCCACCUCCCCAGGCCAGGCCGGCACCUCCUUCUCCCUCCCAGCUCCUCGUCGGCCCAGUCCUCCUCUGGACCUCCCUGUCUGCGCCAAGAACAUUUCUCUGACUCCAAGUGGAGAGAAGGUCAUCCUGUGGACCAGGGAGGCAGACCGGGUCAUCCUGACCACCUGCCAGCAGGACGGAGCCACCCAGGACACCUUCCAGGCCAUCUCCAACCUGCUUGGGAACAAGACAUCCAGUGAGGUCUCUCGCAGGUUUCGCGAUUUGAUGCGGCUUUUCCGGACGGCGGCUCGUCAGGCCAGCUCCGAGGAUGAGACGGCGCCAGCUGACCCGCCAUCCACCCAGGACUGAGUGUCUGGACACGGAGGUGUGAAGGUUCACAGAAGGACGAUUGAGGCUUUUAUUGUGAAAAACUGCAACACGUAGCCUGUACAAAUGUUUAUACCUCAGAGUAUUUAUUGUUUUUGUUUAGGAAAUAAACCGAUUCUCUUCGAUUCACA